AUGACUCACUGCGAGGGCGCUGCAAGGACGGCUGCGGAGACAGAAAACUCAGAACGAGGCGGACCAAGUAGCUUGAAUCCCACGAUUUCGCCAUUCGAGGAUGAAAGAGUUGCUUUGGAACCAGUCACUGACCUUCUUCUUCCUCAGAUUGGAGAUGAAAGAGACUUCUUUGUUAUGCCAAGCUGUCGUCGUACUGUUGCGGGGAUUACAGAGAGAUCUCUCUCCACACUCCCUCACUCACUCACUCUCAAAUCUCAACAAUGGCGUCUUCCUCCCUCUUCCAAUCCCCUCCUUCUCUCUCAAACCCCAAACCCCCAUCUCCCCUCCCUCCCCAAACCCCAUUUCACCACCGUCAAAUGCUCCUCCUCCUCCAAAUGCCGCGACAACAUCCGCGACGACGCCCACCGCCACAACACCACCCACCCCCACCACUUCUCCGCCAAAUACGUCCCCUUCAACUCCUCCUCCUCAAACGACACGUCGUCCUCCGAAUCCUACUCCCUCGACGAGAUCGUCUACCGCUCCCAGUCCGGCGGCCUCCUCGACGUCCAGCACGACAUGUCCGCCCUCAAAAACUACGACGGCCGCUACUGGCGCGACCUCUUUGACUCCCGCCUCGGCAAAACCACCUGGCCCUACGGCUCCGGCGUCUGGUCCAAAAAGGAGUGGGUCCUCCCCGAGAUCGACUCCGACGACAUCGUCUCCGCCUUCGAAGGCAACUCCAACCUCUUCUGGGCCGAGCGCUACGGCAAGCAAGUCCUCUCCAUGAACGAGCUCUGGGUCAAGCACUGCGGCAUCAGCCACACCGGCUCCUUCAAGGACCUCGGCAUGACCGUCCUCGUCAGCCAGGUCAACCGCCUCCGCAAAAUGAACCGCCCCGUCGUCGGCGUCGGUUGCGCCUCCACCGGCGACACCUCCGCCGCGUUGUCCGCCUACUGCGCCGCAGCCGGGAUCCCCUCCAUUGUGUUCCUCCCGGCGAACAAGAUCUCCGUGGCGCAGCUGGUCCAGCCGAUUGCGAAUGGCGCCUUUGUGCUGAGCAUUGAUACCGAUUUCGACGGCUGUAUGCAGCUGAUUAGGGAAGUCACGGCGGAGCUGCCGAUUUAUCUGGCGAACUCUCUCAACAGUUUGAGGCUUGAGGGACAGAAAACAGCUGCCAUUGAGAUCCUGCAGCAGUUCGACUGGCAGGUCCCGGAUUGGGUCAUAGUUCCGGGAGGAAAUCUCGGAAACAUUUAUGCAUUUUACAAAGGGUUUCACAUGUGCAAGGAGCUGGGGCUGGUUGAUAGGAUUCCGAGGCUAGUCUGUGCUCAAGCUGCGAAUGCGAAUCCUUUGUAUCUGCAUUACAAGUCAGGGUGGGAUGAGGAGUUCAGGCCGGUGAAGGCCAAUACUACAUUUGCGUCUGCCAUUCAGAUUGGGGACCCUGUUUCGAUUGACAGGGCUGUGUAUGCGCUGAAGAAGUCGGAUGGGAUUGUGGAGGAGGCGACUGAGGAGGAGCUGAUGGAUGCAAUGGCUCAGGCGGAUUCGACUGGCAUGUUUAUAUGUCCUCACACUGGCGUGGCGCUGGCGGCGUUGAUCAAGCUGAGGAAUAAGGGGGUUAUAGGGGCGACAGAGAGGACUGUGGUGGUGAGCACGGCUCACGGGUUGAAGUUCACACAGGCGAAGAUUGAUUAUCACUCUAAGGAGAUUCCGGAUUUGGCUUGCCGGUUUGCUAACCCGCCGGUGCAAGUGAAGGCUGAUUUUGGGUCGGUUAUGGAUGUUUUGAAGAAGUACUUGAGGCAAGCAGAAAGUUUUUGGAUUCGGACUCGGAUUAGACGAAUAUCCUACGAGCAUUGAGUUUCUACUUGCAAGUCUUGAAAAGUUUACUUGUUCAAGCAGGAGUAUAACAAUUAAGAGUUCACGUUUCUAAUUAGCAAUAUGUUAAUUAUCAUGGUACUUUCACACCCUCAA